CCCAGCGCGCGGCCUGCCUGGGAGUAGCCGACUUCGUCGCCAGCCGGAGAGCUCGAGGACUAGGCAGCUCCGCGAGGCCGCUGGCGCUUGGGUUCACUGGCGGACAGGCUUCUUUGGCUUUGGAGCCCCUAGACGGUGACAUCUGUCCCCUCCAGAAUGAAGGUCUUCUUGGCGGUGCUGUUGGCUGGUCUUCUGGGUAUGGAGCGAGCCCACUCGCUGGUGUGCUUCUCCUGCACAAAUCAGAACAGCAACUGGUACUGCCUGAAGCCGACCGUCUGCUCCGAUGCAGACAACUACUGUGUGACCGUGUCCGCUGCUGCUGGCAUUGGGAACGUCGUGGACUUUGGCUACACCCUGAACAAGGGCUGCUCCCCAAUAUGCCCUGGCCCAAGUGUCAACCUUGGCGUGGCAUCCGUGGGUACCCGCUGCUGCCAGAGCUUCCUGUGCAAUUUCAGCGCAGCUGACGGUGGGCUUCGGGCCAGCACCACCCUGCUGGGCCUUGGGCUGCUGCUCAGCCUUUUACCAGCUCUGCUGCGGCCUGGCCCCUGACCACUCAGACCCUGUGCCCCCACCCCCAGCUCAGGAAGGAAAGCCCAGAACCCCCCAACCCCCUUACUGCACCUGGAAGUGCCCCCUCAGCCCCAGAGUCAGGCCCACUACCUACACCUGUUCCAGCCCCUGCCCAAGUGGGGCCAACUGCCCUCAAUUCAGGGUCAGGGGUGUGAUCUCCAGGGGCCCAGGAAAGGGGAGGAUCCCCCUGGAGUUUUAGGGUGCUGGGAGGUCAGAAUUAAGUCCUGUGGACAUAUAGGAAGGGACACCUAAGCCCCAGGCCCUGGUGGCCCCAGGCUGGCCAUACCACAUAGGAUGCCUGAGAAUGUGGGAGGCUGUGGUCCUGGGCUUUGCAGGGGUGAGUGUGGCUCUUUGGGGGAGGGAAGAUGGGAGCAGCCUGCAGAACCCACAGAUCCCCUUUGCUGUCUUUGCUGUGCCCACACCCCACAUAGCCUCUGCCAGGCAGGGUUGCCUUCUGAUCUGGGCCCCCACCCUUAAAUCCAUCCACCCUGCCUACCCCUUGCACCCUCACUGGAGCCCUUCUGCUGCUUUGGUGCCUCAAAUAAACACAUGUGCCCCCCUUGUUUUGGGUGUGGCUGACCCCUGCCUGGGAGGCCCCUCCCAGCAGGGUCCUAGUUGGGAAGGGAGGAGCAGAGAGCCCAGAUUCCAGGGCCUGGGGGUCCUCUGUGGCACAGCCCCAAACCCAGGCCCACUUGGGGCACUGGGAGAGGAGGAGAAGAGGCCCCCAGCCCCAGCCAACUGCUCACCAGGCAUGGAAGGAAAUCUCACUGUGGUUUCUGCACUUUCUCCUCCCCAGGCUGGAUGGGUCAGAGAGUUCAGCCUCCCCCAGGGGCUGGAGGAGAGAAAGUAGGGAGUCCUCUAGCCCAGAACUGGCAGGAGGGGACACCCAUGGGACAAGAAGCACCCUGGGUGCUAGAACCUGGUGACGGGGUACCUGGGCAAGCUGGAGUGAAGGAGGCCAGGAUCAGAGUUCUGGAGAUCCGUGGGGAUUGGGAGGCAGGUGUGUGGCCCUGUCGCAUGCAGGGCCUGUGGGAGGAGCAGGGGCCCUCACACAGGACGGGUGGACACUCCCUAGCCUGUCCAAUCCCAGAUCUGGCAGGCCUGCUGCUGCCCAGGCCAGUGGUCUACAGUUGGGGGGUUGGGGGGUGUGCUGUGCUUCUGGCUGCUGAGAAAACAAGAAUGAAGGAGCUUGUGAAAUAGG